AGCAUCAGCAGGAGGAGGAGUUCUCAGCUUUUACUCCCGAGACAAUUCAGAGCGAGAAGAGAAAUUUCUUUACGCGAGCACGGCAAAGUGCCUAGCGCCGAGAGAGCAGGUCACUGAGACCGUUUAAUGAGCUACAACUCGCCUCACAUUUGUACUUCUGCUGGGUCUUAACAGUCCCAAAUAAUACCUCUUCUUUUCCUUCCCAGCCGUUUCGAAGAGUACUUUUGGGUGGGACUGUCAUCCGUUUCAUUCAUUGUUUAUCAUCAUCGUAUUCGACCGCGCUCUCUCUGGAAGGAACGAGGGCGUCCACCUCGUGGAUCUCUGCGCGAGGAGCUGAAACGGCGCCAGGCUGUGCGAGUCACGGAGCUGCCCUGAGACGCGGGCGCCCAUGGAGGGAGACGUUAUGGACAAACUGGAAGACACGUCUUCAGUCUACGAGUUCGAUCCGUUCACUGGCAAUAUCCCGGCCACCAAAGUAGAAAUAACGGUCUCCUGCAGGAACCUUUUAGACAGAGACACCUUCUCCAAAUCAGACCCAUUGUGUGUCCUCUACACCCAGGGAGUGGAAACCAAACAGUGGAGAGAGUUUGGAAGGACAGAGGUGAUCGACAACACGCUGAACCCAGACUUUGUCAGGAAGUACAUCCUGGACUACUUCUUUGAGGAGAAGCAGAACCUUCGCUUUGACUUAUACGAUGUUGAUUCCAAAAGCCCCGACCUGUCCAAACAUCCCCCCGACCAGAACGACUUCCUGGGCCAGAUGUUCUGCACCUUGGGAGAGAUCGUGGGCUCCCCUGCCAGUCGUCUGGAGAAGCCACUUGGGGGGAUCGCAGGGAGGAAAUGUGGAACCAUCAUCCUCUCUGCUGAAGAGCUGAGCAACUGCAGAGACAGCGCCACGAUGCAGUUCUGCGCCAACAAGCUGGACAAGAAGGACUUCUUCGGGAAAUCUGACCCCUUCAUGGUUUUCUUCCGGAGCAACGAGGAUGGAACGUUCACCAUCUGCCACAAGACGGAGGUGGUGAAGAACACCCUGAACCCCGUCUGGCAGUCCUUCACCAUUCCCGUCCGUGCGCUCUGCAACGGCGACUACGACAGAACGAUCAAGGUGGAGGUGUAUGACUGGGACAGAGACGGCAGCCACGAUUUCAUCGGGGAGUUCACCACCAGCUAUCGGGAGCUGGCCCGGGGACAGAGCCAGUUCAACGUGUACGAGGUGGUGAAUCCCAAAAAGAAAAUUAAGAAAAAGAAGUAUGUUAAUUCUGGAACGGUGACGCUGCUGUCCUUCUCGGUGGAGUCCGAAUGCACCUUCCUGGAUUACAUCAAAGGAGGAACCCAGAUCAAUUUCACUGUGGCCAUUGAUUUCACUGCCUCCAAUGGUAACCCCUCCCAGUCCACGUCUCUGCACUACAUGAACCCGUACCAGAUGAACGCGUACGCCAUGGCCCUGAAGGCUGUGGGCGAGAUCAUCCAGGACUACGACAGCGACAAGAUGUUCCCCGCCUUGGGUUUCGGUGCCAAGCUUCCUCCCGAUGGCCGGGUGUCCCACGAGUUCCCCCUGAACGGCAACAUGGAGAACCCGUACUGCAACGGGAUCGAGGGCAUUUUGGAGGCGUACCAUCAGAGCCUGAAGAAGGUCCAGCUGUACGGCCCCACCAACUUCGCCCCUGUAGUCAACCACGUGGCCAGGUACGCUGCUGCGGUGCAGGACGGCUCGCAGUACUUCGUCCUCCUCAUCAUCACCGAUGGCGUUAUAUCCGACAUGGCGCAGACCAAGGAGGCCAUUGUGAAUGCUGCUAAUCUACCAAUGUCUAUCAUAAUAGUGGGAGUGGGCCAGGCUGAGUUUGACGCCAUGGUGGAGCUGGACGGGGACGACAUCCGAAUCUCUUCGCGAGGGAAGCUUGCAGAACGAGACAUCGUGCAGUUUGUGCCGUUUCGGGAUUAUAUGGACCGGACGGGGAACCAUGUGCUGAGCAUGGCCCGCCUUGCCAAGGACGUCCUGGCGGAGAUCCCCGAUCAGUUCAUCUCCUACAUGAAGUCUCGGGGCAUCAAACCCAACCCGUCCCCCCCGCCCUACACGCCCCCCGGACACCCCCUGCACACGCAGAUUUGAGCUGACUUCCUGGGACGCCUCCGAAGGGGGGAGGGGGGGUGAUUUCACCCCCCUCUGGACUCUGGGAAACCCUGUGGAACUGAACUACCGCGUCAACUGGUCCUUGGAGCGCGGAGAUGUUUGAAGGCACAGUGACAGUAUUUUAUUCUCGGGUGGGGGGUGGGGGGGGGGGGCAGUGGUGGGUUGGAUGGUUGGGGCUGAAGAGACCGCUUGACUCAGAAAUUAUCUGGAGUACUUUGGGUGGUAAAAAAAAAGCAAAAAGCAUGGAGAUGGGGGAGUUCUGGAGUUCUCCAUCUUGUGAACGCGUGAGAGGUGAGGCAGGUGGAGGUGAGAUGGUGGAAGAGUGGUGGUGUUUGUGGUUUAAACUGUGCCUGUAUGUCCUCGUGUCCGUAAGUGUUCCAGACAGUUCCACGUGCCCUACUUUGCUCUCUGAUGCCACUCCCCCUCGGUGUAUUAGGGCGUGUGCGUUCAGGUGACGUCUGUAGAUACCUUUCUCAACGGUGUCUCUUGGGUUUCCAUGUGGUGAAUCGUAGAGUUUUAACUAUUUAUUGUGGGGAGAAGAUGUGGAAUCCUCUUAAAUAUUUUUUCAUCAUGGUUAUUUGUCUUUUGCUGAUUAUUUUUCAGAGCAGUGAUCCCACACCUGACAUUUCAUACAGAGUUUCAAAACUUGGGGUUGUGAGGCAGUGGUUACAGACAUGUCGUUGACAUCCGCACAUUGCAGUUUCCUGGUGAGAAAAUGCUGUUGGAGUUUAUCUGUUGGAUCUGGGUUUUCAAGGGCAUAUCCAAUCAAAUGCAUGCACUGAUGAUGCUAAGAAGAAAGCACAAAUAUACUGUAGAUAAUAUUUUCACGUCAGUCCGUUAUAACUUUGUUAAUCAACAACAACCAGAACAACAACAAUAUUAGGUAAUCAUUUUAACAAGUAGAGUACCUUGUGAUUAUAUAUUUACUUAAAUGAAUAAAUAAUUUACAACUUGUAUAUUUACUUUGCUCAAUAUUUAUGCCAUUAGAAAUGAUUUAUAUUUAAAAAAUUGAUUUGAGCGCACAUUUAUUGUGUCUGUUCACACUGAAAUAGCAAAAACCUGCCAGCAGCUGAUUGGCUGGAUUGACAGGGCUGUGCUCUUGAAGGUGGAAUAAAGGGCAGCAGGAUUCAUUAUGCAGAAGUUGACCCCUCCCCCUUUUCUCCCGCUUGAUGUUUGACGGACACAUGCACGCUGAUGGAUGACCUGCGUUCAGGAAUCGUUUAAGGGGCUUUGUUUGUGAGGUGGUGAUCCAUACAUCAUGCCUGUCCGGGGGCAGCCUGAGGACAAGUUCUUACCGCCGCCGUUCCACUGAAUCCCGCGGAGCAGAAUCCCGCCAAGCAGAAUCCCACAGGGCGGGGCUUAAUUGGAUGAGCAGCUUUGACACCCACGCACCAUCAUCCAAUGCGGUGUGGGGUAGCGGGCAAAACUAGCUGGGGUCACGUGACGCACUCUGGACUUGUCAAUCAAUGGCAACUACAUGGAGGGUUGGGGUGCCUUCGCGGCGCUCGACACUUGUGAGCGGAGGAGAAACCCGAACCUCUCCAGAUGCUGCUCUCUGACAGGGAUGCUGCUCUCUGACAGGGCUGCUGCUCUCUGACGCGGAUGCUGCUCUCUGACAGGGAUGCUGCUCUCUGAUAGGGAUGCUGCUCCCCGACAGGGUUGCUGCUCUCUGACAGGGUUGCUGCUCUCUGACAGGGAUGCUGCUCUCUGACGGGGAUACUGCUCUCUGACAGGGAUGCUGCUCUCUGACGCGGAUGCUGCUCUCUGACAGGGAUGCUGCUCUCUGAUAGGGAUGCUGCUCCCCGACAGGGUUGCUGCUCUCUGACAGGGUUGCUGCUCUCUGACAGGGAUGCUGCUCUCUGACGGGGAUGCUGCUCUCUGACAGGGAUGCUGCUCUCUAACAGGGAUGCUGCUCUCUGAGGGCGAUGCUGCUCUCUGACGGGGAUGCUUCUCUCUGACGCGGAUGCUGCUCUCUGACAGGGAUGCUGCUCUCUGACGGAGAUGCUGCUCUCUGACACGGAUGCUGCUCUCUGACGGAGAUGCUGCUCUCUGACAGGAAUGCUGCUCUCUGACUGGGAUGAUCUGGACCUCACCAUUAGGGCCUCCUCUCAGGGGAGACUGAUUGUUUGUCUGGAGGGGUUUAAGGAUUAGCCAUGGCAGUGGACUGCGGCCAACCCGCCACAUUGUGUGUGCCAAACGCCGGCUGCUGGCCUGCUACAGCGCCGCGUGGGCGUGCGCUCUCAGCCAUGCUAUUUCAGUUUCAGUCUCAGAUUCAAUCCGACCAUAUUGUGCGUCUUUCCUGUUUACUGAACAGUUUUAACCAAGCGUUUUUUUUUUUUUUUUUUUAAACAUUGUAUUCGUGCAAGAUUGUGGGUUUGCAGGUUCUUAACAAAAUACCGUGUAAGAACCAAAAAUUGUAAUACUGAGUAGGAGACUUGAAGACUGGGAGACGUUGAAGCACAUUGACCUGCAUGAGUUCCUUCACUGCAAAGGGAUAAAUCUUUUAUCACAGUACAGUUUCAGCAUUUAGUAUUUAUCAUUUAGGCUUGACGUCCUUUCGUUGACUGGAUGAAGGCGAGUGUUUUGCUCAGACUGUAGGUAUUGCAGGUCAUCGUUUUGAUCCAGCUAUUUCACGCGUUUGGCGAGCCGUGCAUGUGCCCACGUACAGAAACUGAAAUUACUGUAAGUGAGAAACUGGAAGGUUUUAGCUGGCUGUUUCUCUGCUUCGGUUACCUUCCUGCCAGCACACCCACGGUUCCCGCUAGCUGCCCAAUAGCGACUCGUCAGCGCGCCAACUGUCACUCUGCCGCUGAGGCGCUGGCCAGUAGGGGGCACCAGAGUGCCAAUCUGUAAUUCAGGUGUAUCAGAGAAAUUUGUGGAGAAGGGGAUAGGGGGUAAUCAUGCACAGUGGGGUGGGGGAACCUGCCGCGGUGCCGUUUUGCUCCAUGCUGGCUGAUUGACAGCUGCCGCUGAUGGUGGUCCGACGUGCGCCUGCUUGCUCGUUGGGAUGGGCCAGGCCUUCUCACUGGGAGCAUGAAGCACGGAUACUCAAAUCUGGGCCUCAAAUCCACAUCCAGCCCUGCUCUUCUUUCCUCCAAGCUGAUCAACUGCACAGUUACUGCUUCUGAUUGGCCAGGCUGUCUCACACCUGACUCCCAGGUAAUCAGCCGUACAGUUACUGCUUCUGAUUGGCCAGGCUGUCUCACACCUGACUCCCAGGUAAU